ACCAGGUGAAAUUUCUGCAAGAAAUUCAACUGUAGCUUCUCGCAGCUACCAUUUAUGUUGUGUAGAUAAAUAAUGAUAGAUAAGCCAUUUUGUGACGUUAGUAACGACUUGCCAAGACGGAUUUUUUUUUAACUUUUCUAUUUUUCUAUUAAUUUUUUAACUGUUGUUGUAUGGCGGGAAUAAAAUAGGGCGUUACUGUAAUUGACGCUUACAUGUUUUUUUUAAGUUAAAUUGAACUUACUGAUUUUAUUUCAGUCUAAAGGUUUAAAAUAUAAUUUAAUUUCUCUCACGGAACUUUUGUGCCAGCAUAAUAAACAAAGAGAACUUAUUGGGCAUGCGCACAAGCAUAUGAACUGUCCCACAAUGCUACCGCGCAUGCCUACUUAACUACAACGCCUAUUUCAAAGCCUAUAGCGCAUGCGCAGUUUUGACAAAACCUAGAUGAAAAACUCAUGCAAAACACGACGCCUUCUCAUUGCGUUUUGAAUCUCGUAAAGGCUAGAUACCUGAGAAGUUCAGUUUUAACAAAAACAGACGGAAGAUUGAAAGAUUGAUUUAAAUUGAAAGACGGUUUUACUGAUUGUUGAAAGAUCCUGUCACAAAGAUGUCUGCUUGCAGUUUUUGGAUGUAUAAAAACAAAGAAGGAGAUAUUGUUGUUAAGUUUCAUAAUGAAGAUUUUCAAAGGGUGCAAAUGAUUAAUAUGAAACAGGAAGAAGACGAUACAAUGAUAGAAUUGCAAGGAACAGAUUACCGUGAAGAGAGAAAAGACAAUAAACUGGUAUUGACGAUGUAUAGAGAAACUAUACAAUAUAUUGUACAGCUUGCCAUAGCAUUGCUUGAUAUGGAAGGAAAGCAAAAAUUAUUUGUCGUCGACAAUGUCAACAUUGCCUGUGCUCACAAGUAUACCAACAAAGAAAGUAAAUUUUCUCUCCAUACACAUAAUAGUGACAAAGUUGCAGCAUAUAUCAAGUCAAUUAUCAGCAUCCCUGUUCUUGAAACUAACAUUCAGCUCUUCUGUUGUGGAGAAGUACAAGAAAAAGUAGAAGCGAAUAUUUAAGAUUUUCAAGAAAUUAUGUAAAUGAAAAUUGCACAUUGAACAAAGACUUUCUAAAAGAAGCUGUUCAAUUUCCACCACCAAUGGUAAAUGAUGAGAUUUCCAGCUUUGCAUUUCGACUAAAGUCAAUUCUAAGCGAAAUUGGGCACGUGUUUGUGAUUUUCACACAUUACAAUACCAUGGACAAUCUGAGACUUCUAAAUUUAAAUACUUAUUGGGAUCGUGUUUGCAAUUUCAAACACAGAGUUUUGCUGAUUCAUCCAUUUCAAAAUACUUUCGUAAACAUAA